AUGGAUCUCAUGAGCUCUCGAUUCAAGCUCGGUUUUGGAAACAAGCGCAAGAGUGGCUCCUCUCUCGCUCCUACAACCACCUCGACCAACACUCCCAACGGGUCGCCCUCGCAGCCCUCGCCGCCGCCAGGCAACUCCCCUAACCCAAACGCCUCGUCCGCCAGUCUCCCCAUGAACCCGCAGAGUCAUCUCGGCCGCCCGCCCAGCUACACCUACGCUCCCGGCGCCCCCAGGCCCGCCAGCCCGCUCCCCCCAGGCCAGCAUCACCCGCAGCAGCUCGCCCAUUCAUCCCCCGCCCCUUGAAACACCCGGCGGUGGGCGUGCCAUUCCCCUACAGGAGGCGGGUAUGUCCUCUGCUCCCCCCGCCCGCCAGGGGGAGGACAUCAUCACCGAGUGGCCUGGUGCGGGCACACACACCAAACAAAAGAUACUACGGUGCUAUAUUACGAUCAAUAUCAAAAAGUCGUGGGAUGGGGUCCCCGAUAUCGCAGACGCCCUCGCUCCCACCGGAUACCCCAAAGCAGGCGUACAGAAGGUGGAAUGGUUCAAACUACAGCUCAUGUCCUCAGGUGGGAACACCUACAUCGACCCCAUAAACCUGCCCCCGCUACCACCAGGUAAGUCCGAGAUCGAUGUGGCGGCAGACUACCUCUUCCAUCUACGCGGGGCCAUGCGCAACCAGCUCCAGAAAACCCUCGGCGAGGUGUUCAACCGUGAAGAACGCAACAUCCGCUAUUUCUUGACUGUCCCCGCCAUUUGGAAUGACGCCGGUAAGGCCGCUACCCGUGCAGCGGCCAUCCAGGCCGGAUUCCUGCGCGAUGAAAACGAUAACCGUCUUACCUUGAUUACCGAGCCAGAGGCUGCAGCCAUGUUUUGUGCAAAGACAGGCUUGCUCAACCUCAAGAUCCAUGACGCCAUCCUCAUCGUCGACUGCGGUGGUGGUACUGUUGAUCUCAUCGCCUACGAAGUCGACGAAGAGACCCCCUUCAGCGUCUGUGAGUGUACUGCCGGAUCCGGUGACAGCUGUGGUUCGACUGCCCUCAACCGUAACUUCAGCAACAUCCUGCGCGCUAAGAUCAGGAAGAUGAAGCUGCCAGAUGGAUCACGCACGGCUGGCAAGGUGUACGCCAAGUGUAUCAUGGACUUUGAGAACAGAAUCAAGGCCGAUUUCAGAAAUAACGGACAGAAGUGGGCUGUCGACGUUGGUAUCGAGGCUGAUUUCCCUGAAGCGGGCAUCGAAGAAGGUUACAUGACUUUCACCAACGAGGAGAUUCUGCAGUGUUUCGAACCUGUUGUCAACCGUAUUUUGGAGCUGGUCAGGAACCAGAUCAUUGCCAUCCAGGCACAAAACAGGCCGCUACAGAACGUCCUUGUUGUCGGUGGAUUUGGUGCAUCAGAGUACCUCUUCCAACAGAUAAAACUCCACGUUCCCCCACAGUAUCAAUCCAAGGUCGUCCGCCCCAUGGACUCCGUUGCAGCCAUCGUAAAGGGUGCUGUCACAGCUGGUAUCACCGAGCGUGUUGUUACCUCUCGUGUGGCUCGUAGACACUACCUGAUGGCCACCCUGCAGCCGUUCAAGGAGGGCCACCAUCCUGAACAGUACCGUGUCCCAUCCCUCGACGGCAAGGACAGAUGCAAGUACACUCGCCAGAUAUUUGUGCAAAAGGGUGAGCGUAUCAAGAACGGCGAGCCUGUCAAGGUCAGCUUCUUCAGGCAGGUGGCGCCCGGAGCGACGCUGAUGUAUGAGGAUAUCCUCUACGCCUGCGAUGAGGAUGUUUGCCCUGAAUAUACCAAGGAUCCACGUAUCAAGGAGGUUGUAACCCUUACAUCCGACCUGUCUCGCAAGAACCUAGAAAAGGACUUUGAACGAAUGGACACUCCUCAGGGUACCUUCUACCGAGUGUACUUCGACAUCUACCUCACUCUCGACGGCAGUGAGUUCAAUGCCGAACUGGUCUGCCAGGGCGAAGUCAUGGGCCGUUGUUCAGCAAGAUUCCGAUAA